GAAAGGACUACACCAAUGACUUCAAACUACAACUCCCUCUAUGCUCGAUCUGCCGUGAAUCGUUCUGACUGUCGUAGCGAACUGAAGACUUAAAUAGGUGUGACAUGCGGCUUGAACUAGAAGUGGGGGAGUACAGUUCAAGCUGAAGUGACAACAUGUCUGAGCCAAUUAGAGUCCUGGUGACCGGUGCUGCUGGGCAGAUUGCCUAUUCCCUGCUGUUCAGCAUUGCCAAGGGAGAUGUCUUCGGCAAAGAUCAGCCAAUCGUCUUGCUCCUUUUGGACAUUACGCCCAUGUUGCCAGUCCUGGAAGGCGUUGUCAUGGAACUGCAGGACUGUGCCCUCCCACUUCUGAGAGAGGUUGUCCCCACUGACAAGGAGGAGGUGGCCUUCAAGGACCUGGAUGCUGCCAUUUUGGUGGGCUCCAUGCCCAGGAAGGACGGGAUGGAGAGGAAGGACUUGCUGAAAGCCAACGUGGCCAUCUUCAAGAGCCAGGGAACCGCCCUGGACAAGUAUGCAAAGAAGACUGUCAAAGUGCUGGUUGUAGGAAAUCCUGCCAACACCAACUGUCUGAUCGCAGCCAAGUCUGCUCCCUCCAUCCCCAAAGAGAACUUCUCCUGCCUCACCCGUCUGGACCACAACAGGGCAUGCUCUCAGGUGGCGAUACGCUGUGGCGUCCCUGCCACCCAGGUGAAGAAUGUCAUCAUCUGGGGCAACCACUCCUCCACCCAGUACCCAGAUGUGCACCACUGUGUGGUCAACAUGUCUGGCAGCCAGCUGGCCUGCUUCGAGGCGGUUAAAGACGAUGCUUGGCUCAAAGGAGACUUCAUAUCUACGGUGCAGCAGAGAGGUGCAGCCGUCAUUAAGGCCAGGAAGCUGUCCAGCGCCAUGUCUGCGGCGAAGGCCGUGUGUGACCACAUGAGAGACAUCUGGUCAGGCACCUCCGAGGGAGAGUUCAUAUCUAUGGGAGUGUACUCCUCUGGAAACUCUUAUGGAGUCCCGGAAGACCUCAUAUACUCAUUCCCUGUCCAGAUUAAGGACAAGACCUGGAAGAUAGUCGAGGGUUUGGCCAUCAACGACUUCUCCCGAUCAAAGAUGGAGGCCACAGCAGCUGAGCUGAUCGAGGAAAGAGACACAGCUCUGGCUUUCGUGGGAGCGUGACUACACCCCUCAGGGCCCCAACUCCAGCACGUAGACGGACCCCAAACACCAGACGCACGCCUGUGACGAAGCGCUCCAUUAGCCCCGGCAUUUCUGUGUGUAUGAGAGCGAGUGAGUCAGUGUCUGUGAGUGUAAAGAUGGAUUUAUAUCUGUGUGUCAAAGUGACAUGAAUCAAAAACCAAAUAUAUUCUGUGGCAUUGUUUAAAAAAAGAAGAGGAAAUUUGGCAGAAAAUAUUUGGACCUGAUUAGUCUCCUGUUCAGUAGACAGGGGAACGUUUGGACACACAAAUGUAACUCCAGCUGUAGGAUACAAUAGUUUGAAAAGAAAAACAAUGAGUCUACUUCUAUCUCUGGGGGUGAGUAAAUGGAUGAUUGUUACAUAUAGUCACUGUUGCAGUCCUCAAACACUGGAAUGGAUCAUUUUAACAAUAAAACAACAAAAUGGUGAUUAUGUUUUUGUAUUAUGUUUCCAUGCAUUGAAAACAAAAAAGGGCAUAAACUCACUGGUCGCUCUUGGUUUUAUAACACAUUUAUGAUCCUGCCUCAGAAUUCUAACAUUAAAAAAAGUCCUGCAAGUCGGGGUACACAGAGAAAGGCAAUUUAACCUUUUGUUUAUAAAGGAAUGAAAGCGAUAAAGUCGUCAUGGUUCUUUCUUUUUCAACCAUUGGAGAGUUGACUCAUUAAUUUGUCUUGUCUCCAUAUACACACAACAGGGCAAUUUGCCCUUCUUAUCUUUAAUUGAACAUUUUUGGAUGAAUUUUCCCAAUCAAUCAAAACUCUUCAGGUUUAAGUGAAGCAAUAAACGGGCCCUUCAAAUGUCGCACUCAUGAGUCAGGGGUGUUGAUGAAUUGAAACCUGCCAGCUAACUGGCCUGGAGGUCCUGAGUUUGG